UUCGAAAGAAAUCGCUGAGGUCACGGGUUUAUUCUUGCUAUGUCUUGCUUAUGUACCAUAGCCGUUAUUCUUGCUGGCGGAACAGAGGUGGGUUUGCACAGUUUUGACUGUUGGCGCGGUUAGGAAACCAAGGAAACAAUAACUCCUAGAGCAACUGACAGAUUGGAAAUGUUGGACACAGUCCAAAUUCGGCGCAGAGGUGCCCAAGAUUUCGAGGCAUAUUAUGAUUAUGCAUGCACUAUGCAGGACUCAGUCCCAUUGCCAGCAGUCAAGGCAAACCUGAGUCAAGGGAUGCUUGACUUUAACGGGGAUCGGCUCAAACUGACAGACUGGACACCCAUACUCAACUCUCUGACCAUCAAUAAACAGCUACAACAUGUUGCAGUCAGAAGCUGCUACCAAAGUGGUCUCAGCAUCGGAGAGACAGAAAGGUACAGGGCUGGCAAUAGGAAGAAGAUUCCAGCCAUCCGCUCCAAGGAGAUGACGUUCAAACUGUGUAAAGCACUCAGGGAGUGUCUGACAGCUUCACCAAACCUCAAGACCCUCCAACUCCAUGGUCUUCCAUUUAGAGAGAGAGACCUUAUCACUCUUACCAAGGGUUUAGCCAAAAGUGUCUCUUUGGAAAAUCUCUCUUUGGCUCAUUGUCCUAUAGCAGACGAGGGGUUAGAAGCUAUCUGCCAGAGUGUGAAGUACUCUCCAUCUAUAAAGACAGUGGAUUUCACAGGCUGCAAUCUGACCUGGAGAGGAGCGGAGCAUAUGGCCAACAUCAUCAAGCAUCAGGCAAUGCGGAGACACAGUGCAGCCUGGGCCGAAUCUCUGAGGUAUAGGAGGCCUGAAUUCGAGGGCAUGGGAGGCCUCCGCCGGGUCACUCUCAACUGCAACACCCUGGUGGGAGACAGAGGGGCGGCCGCCCUCGCACAGGAACUGGCUGAGGACCUCUGGGUCAAAGCCUUGGAUCUGCAGAAGUGUGGUUUGUCCAACGAUGGGACACGGUCUCUGCUGGAGGCUCUAAAGUCCAACUCUUCUCUCUGUGUCCUGGAUAUCAGGAGGAACCCCUUGGUGGACAACGACCUGAUGAAGUCCGUGAUCGAAAGAGUUCUCAUGAACACUAAUGGUCAAUCCUCUCAGUACUCCUGGAUCAAGCCCCCAGCCCUCAAAGACUCACAGAAACCUCCCAUCCUUAAGAGAAGAAUACUGGGAAAUACAGCUAGAGGAAAAGCAACAUUUAGGAUAGGUCCUCGCAGGUUGUCGUUGGCCGGUAGGCGGAGUCCAGUUGUUGCCCAGCAGCCACACCCCUGCUCCAGCAGGUGUAUCCCAUGGCGCACUGCAGAACGUGCUGGACGACAGAGAGGACUUCCUCCAGGUAAUACAGUGGCAGAGCAGAGCUUUGAGGGGGCUGCCAAUGUCAAGGUGACAAUGGAGACUGAGUCAGAGGAGGAGGGAGAGGAGGAAGCGGUUGAGACAAAAAGUCUGUCACCACUUAGUCUUCAUGAGAGGAUCACUGUCAGACAGUACAGACGUGUACAGGUGGAGCUGGAGGAGUGUCGGCUCAGACUAGCAGAGGAAAGGAGGGCCAGAGUGAAGGCAGACACUCGUCUCAUGGAGUAUGAGUUGGAGAAUGCUCGGCUGCGCAAUAUCAACUUCUCCCUGUCGGAGGCACUGCAUGCUCCUGCUACUGGCCCCUCCAGUGUUCUGGAGGACGAUGCGGUUCUGGACAGCAUCGAGAGCUCCUUCGGCAAGUUCCACGCCUUCCUGGACCUGCUCAAGGAUGCUGGACUGGGCCAGUUGGCCUCCAUGGCAGGGAUUGACCAGUCCGACUUUGGCCCACCCCAGCUGUCCUCCAGUGUUGGACAGCCUCUUGUUGGGGCAGGGGACCAAGACACGGGAGAUAAGGUUGAUGCGGCACCUUCUGGAGGCGUUGGCCCCAAUGCUCCGUCAGAGGGCCAGCCCAACGGAUUCAUCCCCGGAGCUCCAGCCACCCUCAGAGGGUUAGGGUUAGAGGGUGAACCACAGGAAGUGCCCCCCGUCCCUGCUAGUGAGUUAGCCAGUGUGGCGAAAUCUGGUGGAGAGAAUCAGCAGAAGGAUCCCUCGCCCUCACAACCGGAGGGGCGACAGGUGUCAGGGACUGAGAACAGUAUCCAUAGCAACGGCUACCAUGGAAAUGACUCGCAUGCCAAAGGCUCCCAUGGAAAUGACUCGUAUGCUAAAGGCUCCCUUAGCAAUGACUCUCAGGGUAGCGGUUCCUAUGGCAAAGGUUCCCGUGGUCGUAAUUUCUCUCACCAAAGUAACGGCAAAGGCUCACAUGGUUACAGUUUUAAUUACAGCAACUGCUCCUACAGCUCCAUCCACAGCAACAGCUUCCAUAGUAACAGCUCUGUAAGGUCCAGUCUGAGUGACAUGAGUGAGCGUUUGGAAUCUGUUGGGUCAUUGGGGUCAAAGGCUUCUGGAGAAGGCAGGGUAGGGUCAGGAGCUCAGAGGUGAAACUCUAUUCAGAGUUUGAGAUGUUGGAACAGAUCUGCUCUCUAGGGAGCAUGGGUGGUGAGUCUGAUGAUGGGUUCUGAACCCACAACUCUGCCCCUUGUUGAGUGUUUAAAAAAAUAUUUUCAUGUUAUAUCUGUGUUUACCUUGUGCCAUUGGUGCCAAAUUGGAGUACUAUUAAAAGGUUAUUGUGCUAAUGAUGCCUAAUCUUAAAUGUGAUUUUAGCCUUUUGUUAGAUUAAUACUUUUUGGGCUUUUUAGUAUUUUUUUUUUUUACUGACUUUUUUAUACUGUUUGUAAAUGUAUGUAUAUAUUUUCUACAAUAAACUUUGUUUAAAAAAAGUUUUUAUACAUUGAUUGUAGGGCACUACUUUGUUUACACUGUUCAACCAUAUGCAUUUGUUUGUUUACACUAGGAAAAGUUAUGGGAAAAAUCACUCUUGGUCAUUCUACAGGGCUAUUCCUGGGGUCAAAAACAAUGGGCUCAUUCGAGCGGAUCACUUUUGUCAAGUCUGUGGCCAUUGCUGGUCACUGCCUUUCAAAGUGUUGCAUUAUGGGGAUAAAAUAUUUCCGACUUGCGCCUACAUGUAGACUGCAUGAACUUUACAGAAAUCAUGUGAUCAAGGGUAAUUUCGUUUUGACUGCAAGUUUCUGAAGUUGUUCUUCACCAACAUAAUGCUGCAGCCAUUGCAUGCAUUGUGGGCAGUGUUGCCAACUCAUUUUCAGGGGAAGUUGCUAGAGGCAGGUCAAUUUGUUGCUAAAAGACGUUGUGAUGUCAUUGUGUGAUGACGCCAUUACGCAAAACUGCGUCAUUACGUAGAAUAUACAAUAACGUUACUCAAAUUGACUGGCCAUCUCGGUGAAAAAUAUGAUUUGACAUUUGUUAGUUUAGAUUUGUUUAUCAUAUUUUUUUUAUUUGUAAAAGUAAUAUAAACACAACAUAUUUUAUAUUUUUAAACACAACACAUUGAAUUAUUGAACAAUUACACAUUAUUGAACAAUUACAUUUGAUUUAUUUUCUUUUUAACUAGUAAACCUACACAUUCUGAACAAUUUAUAGUUUUAUGCAGUGUAUUGGUAGUUAACAUGCUACCUAACUGAUCAACAAUUAUAGGUACAAGCUAAUAACAAGAUAUAUAUGCUAUCUUAUUGAACAAGCAACUUAACUCAAAUAAUGAUGUGUGCGCUAGGCAUCACUCUCCAGCUCUCUCCAGGUUGUUGUGCUGCUUGGCUGGCUAGCUGCUCAAUGGUUUCCUCCAGAUAUUGCCACUGUUCUCGUUGACACUGCAGUACACACUGCCACCAUCAGCUGUGUGUCUCCACCAGUUCCAGAAAGUCCACUCCUUGCAUAUGUACUGUAAAUAUGAUGAAUCAUAGAUUGGCAAGGAAAUCCUCUUCGUCUUCACUGUCCAACUGCAUUGUCACAGCUGGAACCAGCAGAAGAGGAUGGAGUGGCCUUAAAGCUGUACGCUGCUGUGGUGCCAAACUGCUGCAGAAUUGGUAGUUUAUGCUGGUAACAGCUAUCACCAGCCAGCUUCAGUCCAUACCGCACCAGGAGUAUGGAGUUGAGAGUGUGCAGUGACACUAUUUCUUAACUUUGACUUGACUACACUCAUUUGGCUGAACAGCUGUUCAACCUCCGCAUUUCAGUGUGGCAAGGAGAGAGCAGUGAGUGCAGCUUUGCACAAUUUUUCUUGUAUUUCCCAGUAACAGUAACACUUAGGUGUGAUUUUACCCUAUUGGUCAAAAUGAUCCCUUCAGUCUUUCUCUCCACAUGUUGAACACAAUGUACCUGUGUUCUUUCUGCAGGUGUAUUUAUUGCAUUCUACAGUGGUGCUGGUUUCA